AUCAUGAUCAGUCCAGCCAAUGGGAGAGAGACCUGCUACAUCAACAUCAUUCAUUUUAAACCUUAUGGAAGACCAACAUUCAACAAGAAAUACUGGGAUGUGUAUGAGGACAUUGUAAAGAGAGCAGGCGGUCGACCACAUUGGGCUAAGGAACACCCUAUGAGGAACAAGGAUUUAUCAGAGCUCUAUCCAAGAUGGUCCGAGUUCUGUGGUCUGCGUAAGAAGCUGGAUCCUUACGGCAUGUUCCUGAACACGUAUCUGGAGCGGGUCUUAUCAGACUAAUAUGGUCCUGAGUUAUAUGAAGCAGGGUAGUUCAUAAACAAACAAAUAAUGAACAUAUGAACCUGAAACUUGGAAGGGCUAUUGGAAAAUUCCUUCUACUCAUUUUCACAUUUUGUUUAAAGGCACACUGUCCAACUUGUAGCUCCUUGCUCCCUCUAUAUAGAAAACUUCCCCAAUC